AUGCCUUACUAUGCGGUCCAAAAUGGAAGGUCAAAAGGUGUGUACAACACCUGGAAUGCUUGCAAUGAGCAGGUAAGCGGCUACCGUGGAGCUAUUUACAAAAAGUUCAGUACAGCCAGUGAAGCAAAUGCGUUUGUAAGGGGGAAGGAUGGCUAUAAUUCUGUCUCAACCCCAACUAACAGAUCGCUGACGAACUCCAUCUCAAAGCCUAAAAGCUCAUCAUCUCGAGCUAUUAAAAGCUCGAUGCCUUCUAGGUACUAUUCAGUUAGCUCUACGCAGAGUCCUUUUAUCGGCAAAUCUGAACCAGUGACUGGAAGUACUACUCCAGGACUUCAUCCUGGUGGCCUUUACCUCUCACCGCUAGUGAGUUCUAGCUCAGGCUCUCAUAAAGUAGACUCUGCCAUCGCGAAUACCGAACCGGUUUUAAAGGAAAUUUACGUCGAUGGUGCUUCUCGUGGAAAUGGGAAGCAUACAAGACCAUUUUCUGGAUAUGGAGUUUAUUAUGGCCCAAAUGAUGAUAGAAAUGCCGGGGUUCCAAUGUCUGCUGUUGAUGAUAUUCCCGCAACCAACCAGAGAGCUGAGCUCGCAGCGAUGCUCCAUGCUCUCAAAGAUGUAGCAUUGGCAGAUUCUAACGAAAAAUUCACAAUCAAAUCAGAUUCUCAAUAUUCAAUAAAGGCAAUUAGAGAAUGGCUGAGAAACUGGGAAUCUAAUGGUUGGAAAUCAUCUACUGGCAAACCGGUGCAAAACAAGGAUCUAAUUGAACAGUGUUUGAAGUGGGAUAAAAUAAUAUCUAAGAAGUAUUCUGAGAAAGGCUGGGGAUCGUUGGUCAUUGAGCAUGUCCGAGGACAUCAAGGGAUUGAAGGGAACGAGGCUGCAGAUAGGUUAGCUAACAUAGGUGCAGAUAAAGAUGAAGCAUCUAGACGAAACUAG